AUGACUGCAGUCCGUGUUAUAUUCAAUUUUAUUUCUGUGAUAUUAGUGUUAUUUUGUGUGCACAAUGGCGAUACAUUCAAUUUAUCACCUCAACCAAAUAUCGUCUUCCGCGAGCCGAAAUCAACGGGCGUUGGAAUUCCAAAAAUGCGUAGCUCAUAUUUUGGAUUUAGCUUAAGCCUCAAGCAAAACAGUGUUCUGAUUGGAGCUCCACGGGCCCAGUCUACGUUAGAGUUACAGCAAAGAAUUAAUGAAACUGGUGUCAUUUACAAAUGUGGUUUCGAUAAAUUAACGACCUGUUCACCGUUUGUAUUCGAUUGGUGGGGAAAUGCCAAUGACUAUUACAAUCAAUACUUGUUCAACGAUGAAAAGAAGGACUUUCAAUGGUUGGGCGCAGCCAUGGAUGGUAGUACCAGUGAUAGCGAUAAGUUUGUGGUCUGCGCACCACGUCUCAUUUACGAUGUGACGGAUUAUUUCUCGACCCGUGUUGAGGAUGAUUACUCGAUGCAUGGUGUUUGUUACUGGACAACAAGUACAGCAUCGCCACAACCGGCGAAUGUGCAAAAGAUAGCCUCGCUUCGUUUGAAAAACAAGCAAGUGACGUGGAUCAAUCAACAACCGUACUAUGACUACCAGUACGGCGAACUGGGGCUGAGUGUGCACAUCACCGAAAAUAAUGAAGAGAUAUUGAUCGGUGCUCCGGGAAUUUUAAUGUGGACAGGAACGGUGAUUCGUCAAAAAGCAAACGGCAUCGACAUACCGAAUCCAAUGUUUUGGAAGAAAGACGACGUCUCCUAUUUUGGCUUUGCAGUGUCGAGUGGUUAUUUUGAUGGAAUCGGAAAAACGAAAUUACUUUAUGUGGCAAGUGCACCACAGGCUAAUUUACAACAAGGUGCUGUUUACAUUUUUGACAUCAUCGACCAUUAUUCAGGUGGCAAAACAAUCAAGAUUUAUCACACGUUCCCCGGUCAACAGUUUGGUGAAUACUUUGGGUACAGUCUGCUCACGGAAGAUUUCAAUAAUGAUGGUCUCACCGAUGUUGCCAUUGGAGCACCGUACAAUUCAAAGGCUGGAGACUAUGAGAAUGGCGCCGUUUACAUCUACAAGAACAAAGGCACGUCAUCAAAUUUCGUGUUGCACGCGGUUCUGAGAACGGAUUAUGAGUUUAGCGGUCGAUUCGGAACGACCAUUUCCAAAGUUGGAGAUAUCAAUCAAGACGGUUACAAUGACCUAGUAGUUGCAGCUCCAUUCGAAGGAAACGGAGUCGUUUACAUUUAUCAUGGCAGUGCAAAUGGUCUUCCAACCAAAUAUAGUCAGAGGAUCGUUGCUCCACGCAGUAGCUUAACGUCGAACCAAAUGUUCGGACAUGGAUUAUCGAAAGGAGCCGACAUUAAUGGCAAUCAAUAUUUGGACGUUGCAAUUGGCGCACCCGAAGCCGAAAGUGUUUACAUUUACAAAUCUUAUCCAGUGAUUCGAAUUGAUGGCAGCAUCAAACCGAUCGAUGAAAAAAUACCAAUUAGUGCCAAAACAUUCGAUCUCAGCGCAUGCUUUCGUUAUGAAUCAAAUCACAAGAUCGAAUUUGACGUUCAAUUACGUGUCGUUGUCAAAUUAAUUGACAAAUUCACUCGUGCACAUUUUCAAAUUGAUGGAUGCAAUGAGAAGGUGUGCGAAUUGAAUGUCUCUCUAGCACCGAAUGCGAGUUCAAAGUGUGUUCAACUUAAAGCGUCUGUAACAUUCCAAACCAAUUACAUAUACAAACCGAUUCAUAUGGAACUUAAUCACAGCGUGAUUAAUGCUAUUCCAAAAUACGAUGCUACUACGGACAACUCAGAGUUUUGCGAAACGUGCGUCGCUCUCGAUCCUAAAAGUGUAAGAAACGCAUCGAAUGUAAUAAAGUUCGAUCCUGGAUGCAAGCAUGAGCACUGUGUAACGGAUUUGCGAGUAACAAGUGCAUUGAGCUAUAAUGCAACGAAGUGCAGUGGACGGCCAUCGUUCAAACGCGGUGAUUCUUCUUUGACAAUCAACUACACGGUUGAAAAUCAUGGUUCAAGCGAAGAAAUUGAUUUGGAUACAUUAGCGGAUGAAAAGAAUUUACUGGAUUAG